AUGUCGUACAAGACAAACAAGAUGAAACCCAUCAUAUUCUUGAUUGUGAUACUGUGCGUGCUGCACUCGCAGCAGGCAGAUGGGGCCCUAAUUUUACUGCUACCAAACCAGAGAACAAGAAAGGAGAGCCAGAAAACAAGGAAAGAGAAACCACGGCUACAGGAGGCACCUCGAGACUCACCAAUCACUUGGCUGUCCUUGAAUUCUCACUUAGGUGUCUUGGAUUGA